UUGAUUCGAGUUACUCCCUUUCUUAUCUUUCCUAUCCUAUCCUCGACUCGACUCGACUCCAUUUUUAUUUCCCAUCAACACAGAGCUUGUGCCCUACUCGUGCCACUCUCGCAUCUCGGACUCCCUUCGCUCGUUUCAUUCCCUCUACUCAGCACAGGUCCGUUUCCUCUCGAUAUUCCGAUCUCCUUCCAGCUGAUUUCUUGCUCUUGUGAUUCGUUUCUCUCCGUCGAUUCUCCUGUUUCUGUUGAUUCCGACGAUCGGUUUCCUGGAUCUGUCGCUGGACGGCUUUGUGAAAUGUGCGGGAUGUUUGAUGAGAUUCGCAAUCUGCCGGCGACAAUGGCGAAGAACUACCCCACCGUGAACGAGGACUACAAGAAGUCCAUCGAUAAGGCCAAGAAGAAGCUCAGAGCCUUGAUCGCCGAGAAGAACUGUGCUCCUCUGAUGCUCCGUCUCGCGUAAGUGGGUUCCGAUCUCUCUUUGUUGUGCUGUUUGGAUGUGGCCUGUGGGCGAUUGGGGUUCGUUUGUGGUCAGAUUGUGAUUUGCGAUUCGAGUGUUGGUUGGUGGUGUGCAGAUGGCACUCAGCUGGGACCUUCGAUGUGAAGUCAAAGACUGGCGGCCCAUUCGGAACCAUGAGGUACGCGGCCGAGCUGGCCCAUGGGGCUAACAAUGGGCUGGAUAUUGCUGUGAGACUCCUUGAGCCCAUCAAGGAGCAGUUCCCUAACAUCACCUACGCUGAUUUCUAUCAGCUCGCUGGUGUUGUUGCUGUCGAGAUCACUGGAGGACCUGAAGUUCCAUUCCACCCUGGUAGAGAGGACAAGCCGCAGCCACCUCCAGAGGGCCGCCUCCCUGAUGCUACCAAGGGAUCUGACCACCUAAGAGAUGUCUUUGGCACCAUGGGUCUAAGCGAUCAGGAUAUUGUUGCUCUAUCUGGUGGCCACACUCUGGGAAGGUGCCACAAGGAGCGAUCUGGGUUUGAAGGCCCCUGGACUGCCAACCCUCUUAUCUUUGAUAACAGCUACUUCAAGGAGCUCCUUAGUGGUGAGAAGGAAGGUCUUCUACAGUUGCCAACUGACAAGGCACUACUCUCUGAUCCCGUCUUCCGCCCCCUUGUUGAUAAAUACGCUGCGGACGAGGAUGCUUUCUUCUGCGACUAUUCCGAAGCUCAUCUGAAGCUGUCCGAGCUCGGAUUCGCUGAUGCUUAAGCUGUAGUAGCGAUUUGGUGGAUGAUGUAGUGGAUGUAGUGGAUGGUGCCAAACAAUCUGGGGUGCGAGUUUUCAGAAGAGGUGAUGGCUGAAUUUGUGGGCUUUUUUUGGUUUCAUGUUCCAUGUUACGGAUAUGAGCUAGAUCUCCAUGGGAACAUGUCCGACUCUAGUUUGGUGCCAAUCCUUUUUAGACUUAAUAACAAGAAUAUUUCGCUGUGUUUGUUUAUGGCUGAGAAAUGCAUGAAUGCGAUUUGGGGGGUUGACUGACUAGCUUGAAUGUUCAUUCAUUUCGUUUAUUCAUAUGCGAGACGGAACAAGUCAAGAUGAUGGGUUACGCACGGCAUGGUCAUCGUCCUUGGUGG